GGCUGUCGAUUGUGGGAGUGUUGCCACACCAGCUGUCAAUAGUUUGCCAUCCCUGGCCAGCAGUUAUCGAGUAUUUGUACUCAAAGUGUCUUGUGCUCCAGAAUGGCCGCUCGCCGCAUCGCCCAAUCCUCGAUCAACUGGUCCGCUCUAGCCGAGCGUGUGCCCGCCAACCAGAAGAGCAGCUUCGGCGCCUUCAAGACCAAGUCGGACAUCUAUGUCCGCGCCGUCUUGGCCAACCCUGAAUGCCCUCCUCAGAUCGACUGGGCCAACUACAAGAAGCUGGUCCCCGUCCAGGGACUGGUCGACAGCUUCCAGAAGCAGUACGAAGCCCUGAAGGUGCCCUACCCCAAGGACACCUACACCCCCCAGGUGGAUGCCCAAGUCAAGGAGUCUCAGUCCGAGAUCGACAGCUACAAGAAGGCUUCUGAGCAGCGCAUCCAGAGCUACCAGAAGGAGAUCGCUCACUUGAAGUCGCUGCUGCCAUACGAGCAGAUGACCAUGGAGGACUACCGCGACGCAUUCCCCGAAAGCGCCCUCGACCCCCUCAACAAGCCCACCUUCUGGCCCCACACCCCCGAGGAGCAGGUUGGCUACAAGUCCAAGGAGCAGCUGGAGGCUGAGGCCCAGGGACACCACUAAACGGACUAAUCGAAGUCUAGGGGUUCUGGCAGUGGUUGUUGGACAGAGCCGAGUGUCGUUGGUCGAUUGUCGAUUCGAAAUGUAACGUUGAAGUAAAAACCCAAAUUAAAAUCAUUAAAAAUGAUAA